CUGGGCAUAGAGAGCUGCUAUACCACAUAGAGACAUGGCCAGUAAGAAGGCUGCUAACAGGCGACAGAGGGGUGCCCAGAAGACCUGCUCCAAUGUCUUCUCCAUGUUUGAGCAGUCCCAGAUCCAGGAGUUCAAGGAGGCGUUCGGCUGUAUCGAUCAAGACAGAGAUGGUGUUAUCAAAAAACAGGACCUAAAGGAAACAUAUGCGCAGCUCGGGAAGCUGAACGUCAAGGAUGAGGAGCUGGAUGAAAUGUUGAACGAAGGAAAGGGUCCAAUCAACUUCACCGUGUUCCUCAGUCUUUUUGGAGAGAAACUCAACGGCACAGACCCUGAGGACACCAUCCUCGCUGCAUUCAAGCUCUUUGAUCCAAACGCCACCGGAUUUGUCAACAAGGAAGAGUUCAGGCGAUUACUAAUGAACCAGGCAGACAAAUUUACAGCAGAGGAGGUGGACCAGGCCUUCUCUGUGGCUCCAAUUGACGUGGCAGGCAACAUCGACUACAAGUCACUCUGUUACAUCAUCACUCACGGGGACGAGAAGGAGGAGUCCUAAAGACCCAUGACCCCCGACAGAGCAGAGCUGGAACCUCUUCUGUGCUUGUCUGCUGCCAGUGCCAACACAUCAAAGGACAAAUUAAAAUCCACGCCCGUGUGUAAAAUGUCUGUCUGUGGUUACAUUUAGAUCCAGGACAGUUUCCAUUUGUACUCUGCCGCAGUGUAAUAAAGGUGUUGUCAUCUUUGUAAAUG